GAGAGAGGCACUGAGAGUAAGAGCAAGGUACAGACAGCUCAGCUUCCCUAGUGCAGCCCAGGCACGCAGUGAGAAACCAGCCUUUGAACGCAGAUGGAAGCAUCCCCUAUCUGAUUUUAACUAAGUAUCCUUGCCAUCAUCUGGACGAUUAUUCAGGGAUUCUGCUAUCCCAUUUGUUAUGUGAAAAGAAGCUAAAAGCUUUGGAAAAACACAGAGAAUCUGCAGCAUCAUUUGGCUGGCUUGAGCAAACCCUGGAACGCAUCAAAGACACGUUCACAGGCUUAUCUUUGGAUUCCAGAAAGUGCACCUCAGCCUUGAGCUGAUGGCGUGUAAUGACAGCAGCAUGGCAGUUUUGAGGAGUCUGCUCCUAAGCAUUGCUGUGGCUAUUGUGGGAGUCCUUGCAGGUCACAAGGAAGGAGGGCAGAUUGUGAAGACCAUCAGAGUAAAGAAGGACACAACUGAAGCUGAGGGUCGUUUUGUCAACCAGAGCUUGAAGGAGAAGCCAGUGGUCUUCAACCACGUGUACAACAUCAACGUUCCCCUGGAGUCGCUCUGUGCUGUCAACCUGGAGUCUUCCCCAAGCAGUGUGGUGAAGGUGGAGGAGCAGGAAGGGGUCUCACAGUACACCGAGCAGACAGCAGACAUGGAGAGCCAGGUCACCUUCACCCACCGAAUCAACAUCCCCAAGCAGGCCUGUGCAUGCCCUAGCUCAUCCACCAUGCAGGACCUGGCCAUCCGCAUCGAGGUGCUUGAAAGGGAGGUGUCCUUGCUGAGGCAGCAUUGCAGCUCCAAUUGCUGUGGAGAGAGUGCAGCAACAGGUCUACUGGAUUAUGUCCCACACUGUGGAGGGCACGGCAACUUCAGCAUGGAUAUCUGCGGCUGCAUUUGUGAGGAGGGCUGGACCGGCAAGAACUGCUCUGAGUCGCGAUGCGCAGGAGACUGCUCGGGCCGGGGGUUAUGUCUGGAGGGGGAGUGUGUCUGUGAUGGAGAUUUCAUGGGGGAUGACUGCUCUGAGAUGCGUUGUCCAGGAGACUGUAGCGACAGAGGGCUCUGCAUUGAUGGAGAGUGUGUCUGUGAGGAGGCCUACACUGGGGAGGACUGCUCUGAAGCCCGCUGUCUCAACAACUGCUCUGACCGGAGCACCUGUGUCAACGGGACCUGCCAGUGCCAGCAGGGCAGCGUGGGUGAAGACUGUUCGCAGCUGAUUUGUCUUAAUGACUGUAGCCAGAAAGGAAGCUGCAAGCAGGGCAUCUGUACUUGUGAGGAAGGUUAUGUAGGCGACGAUUGCUCAUCAGUCACUCCACCUAUAAAGCUCCAUGUGGCGGGAGUCACUGAACGGACCAUUGAUCUGCAGUGGGAAGGCCCCCUCGUGGUGACAGAGUACCUCAUCACCUAUGUGCCAACUAGCCCUGGGGGUGCCCAGCUGGAGCUGAGUGUGCCAGGAAACUGGACAAGCUCCACCAUCAGGGAGCUGGAGCCUGGCAUUGAAUACAACGUCAAUGUCUACGCUAUUCUCAACAAGUCGCUUAGUGUGCCAGUCAACGCCCAAGUCUCCACAUAUCUCUCCACUCCAGAGGGUUUACUUUUCAAAUCUAUUACUGAGACAUCGGUAGAGGUGCAGUGGGAGCCAUUCUCCUACUUGUUUGAUGGCUGGGAAAUCAGCUUCAUUCCAAAGGACAAUGAAGGUGGAAUGAUCGCUCAGCUGCCCAGUUCCAUUACCUCUUUCAACCAGACAGGCCUAAAGCCAGGAGAAGAGUACACUGUCAGUGUGGUGGCUCUGAAGGACCAAGCCAGGAGCCCACCAGUGUCAGCGACCGUGUCAACCUUGAUUGACGGCCCAAGCCAACUGACCAUUCGGGAUGUCUCAGAUACAGUGGCCUUUGUGGAGUGGACCCCUCCGAAGGCUAAGGUUGAUCAAAUUGUGCUGAGGUACGGGCCGGUGGACGAGGAGGUACCCGGAACGACCUUCAGACUACAGCCCACUCUCAGCCAGUACUCCCUGCAAGUCUUGCGGCCAGGGUCCCACUACAAGGUUUCAGUGACCGGUGUCCGCAAUUGGAACGAGAGUGACUCUGUUUCAGCUGAAUUCACAACUGAAAUCGAUGCUCCAAAGAACCUGAAAGUGGUCUCCAAGAGUUCCGGGACUCUGGAACUGGAGUGGGACAACAGCAAGGCUGAGGUGGAGAGUUACAGGGUGGUGUACAGCACACUCUCUGGAGAUCAGUAUCAUGAGGUCAUUGUGCCAAGGACUGAUGGGCUUACCACCAGGGCUACACUGACAGAUCUGCUGCCAGGUACAGAGUAUGGCAUUGGGAUAUCAGCAACUUUGGGCAGCAAUCAAAGUGCUCCAGCAACCAUGAAUGCCAGAACUGGUCUUGAUUGCCCCACGGAUUUGACGGUGACAGCCUCCACAGACAAUACCAUCUCCCUGCUCUGGGGGAAGGUCCAAGGCCCCAUCAACCACUACCGAGUGACUUACACUACAUCCACUGGUGUGGCUUCUGAAGUGACCGUCCCCAAGGAUGUGUCUAUGGUCACCCUGACUGACCUGGAGCCUGGGACAGAGUACACCAUAUCAGUGACAGCACAGAGAGGCCGGCAGCAGAGUACUGCUGCUACCAUUGACGCAUUCACAGGAUUCCGGCCCGUCACACAGCUAUACUUCUCCGACAUCACUUCCUCCACAGUGACGGUGGCCUGGAGUGCCCCAGCCCCACCAGCCGACAUGUUUAUCCUUAACUACAACCCACAGGACCAAGAGAAUACCCUGCAGGUCACCCUAGAUGGCUCUAAGACACAAGCAACCCUCGCUGGCCUGCUGCCCUCCACAGAGUAUAUUGUUACCCUGGUCACCAUACAAGGGACUGUAACAUUUAAACCUGUAGUGGGAUCAAUAACCACAGGGAUGGACCCUCCAAGGGAAAUAACUGUAUCCAAUGUCACUGAAGACUCUGUGACACUGUCCUGGGUCCCACCAAUAGCACCGUUUGAUUACUACAAGAUGUCCUACCAGACAACUCAAGGGAGAGUGGACAGCAUUGUGAUUGACAGUCACAUGACUGACUACACCCUGAGCAACCUGAAGCCAGCCACGGAGUACGAGAUCAACCUGAAUGCAGUGAGGGGGGGCCUGGAGAGCGAGCUCAUCAGCUGCACUGUGCACACAGCUAUGGACAGCCCUCUAGGAUUGGUUGCUAUGAACAUCACUGCGACAGAUGCUGUUCUUCAGUGGCAACAGCCCCUCUCCAGUGUGGACAACUAUGUUCUGAUUCUCACACAUUACCAGGCAGCAGCUGAUACCAUACUGGUAGAUGGCACCAGUCAAGAGUACAAGCUUACCAAUCUCAUACCAAGCACUAGCUAUUCUGCCACCAUGUAUGCUACUAAGGGACUACUCACCAGUGGCACUAUCAAUGCCAACUUUAUAACACCUAUGGAUGCGCCUCAGAACCUGACAGCCAGCGAGAUCACCCACAGGAGUGCCCUCAUCUCCUGGCAGCCACCCAUCACAGAUAUCGACAACUACAAGCUCACAUACAAAUCCGGGGACGGCAGCAGGAAGGAGUUGAUCCUGGAUGCUGAAGAUACAUGGAUCCGGCUGGAAGGUCUCUCUGAAACUACUGAGUACACUGUGAGGCUGCAGAGUGCUCGGGGAUCAGAGACCAGUGCCAUAGUCUCCACUGUCUUCUCCACUGGAAAUCGUCUGUUUGCCACCCCUCAGAACUGCGCCCAGCAUCUCCUGAACGGAGAGACUCUGAGUGGGGUUUACACCAUUUAUGUGAACAGGGACCCAAGCCAAAGCAUGCAGGUGUACUGCGAUAUGACCACAGAUGGCGGGGGAUGGAUUUUAAACUGGGAUUGUUUUUCCUCCCCCCAAGGGCUGGACAAUAUUCACAGGGUUUCUUCUCAGGGUCGUUACGAGCUUCGCAUUGAUAUGCGGGAUGGACAAGAUUCGGUUUAUGCCAGCUAUGAUAAAUUUUUCGUUGGAGAUGCAAGGAAUCUUUACAAGCUCAGAAUAGGGGAGUAUAAUGGAACUGCAGGGGACUCACUGACCUACCACCAGGGCCGCCCUUUCUCCACCAAGGACAGAGACAAUGACAUUGCCGUCACAAACUGUGCCUUGUCGUACAAGGGAGCAUGGUGGUACAAGAACUGCCACCGAGCCAACCUGAAUGGCAAAUAUGGAGAGUCUAGACACAGUCAGGGGAUAAACUGGUAUCACUGGAAAGGCCAUGAGUUCUCCAUUCCCUUUAUUGAGAUGAAGAUGCGGCCAUACAACUAUCGCAAUAUCAACGGGAAAAGAAGGAGGUCCACAAAGCUAUAAUCACUGCAAACCCCUUAGCUCUACCUAUUUUUAAGCAGGGGAAAAAGGAAAGUAGUUCUGCAUUAAGAAAAAACAAAAUAGUCAUAUGGUCGUACAGAAAGGCUCACAUGCACAUAAGGGGAACUGAACCAAGUUUUUAACAACAUGGAGUGUUUUAUUUUGUGCCUGUCUUCUAGAUAUAUCAGGGUGCCUAAAGAUGACUUGUACAGCAAGUACAUGUGUAUUAAUCAUAGUGAUGCACCAUGGUUAUUGGAGGUGAGUUGGUUGUUAAUAUAAUAUAUCCCCUAAAACCAUAGCGAUUUCUAUACAGAGUCAUUAACAUUGCUUUAUGGACUGUAUCUUUCCAUACAAAAAAAAGUCCUUAGCAUUUGCAUUAGUUUUUAUGUGUUUUAUUUUUGCUUGAUUACACCAUCAAUGUACUGAACAAAAUAACAAUAAUAUUAACUGAACACUACAUUAUUACAGCAACCAAUCUACAGUAGCAUAGCAUUUGAUUGUAUUUAUUUAUGUAUUUAUUUGUUUGAAGACAUUCAAUUAAAGGUUUGGCUCGUGAAUACACAGUAUAAAAGUAAAGCCAGUCAAUUGAAAGUUCCAUUGUAUCUGUAUAAUUGUAUAGCAUGUGAACCUUCUCGAUCUUUGUUUUGUUUUCAUAUUUUGGACCAGUUACAAUUUUUAAGUGAGGUUUUCAAGUAGACAUAAUAUACACACAAUAACUAUAGAGCACUGCCCCCUCACAACUGGAUUUGGAAGCCUUGAGAUUUUCCAACCUAGGGUUGGUUAAAAACAAAGGUUCAUUUCCCCUUUCAAAUGUUUUUGUUUUCUGUUUUAAAUAAUUUUAUACUUUUGUUUGCAUGGUGACGAUUGGCAUGAAACCAAAGAUUUGCAAUCGAAACAAGGAAAAACAACACAGUGUUAAAAAUGCCAUGAAUCUUAAAAAAAUAUGUUUUGAUAGAUAGCCAGGGACCAGCUACUUGAUGCAGCAUAACAGUAGACUAUUGUAAAAAUGAAGGUAAAUUUGGCUUGAAGCUGAAUUUGCUCAAUUGUGAAAUUAGAAAUGAAAUGAGGUUGGUUGAGGGAAUUUUAAUUGGCUAAUGAAUAUUAAAUAGGACAUAGCAGGAAAAACAAACACAUUGCUUGUUAUCACUAACUUAAUUUGGCCAUUUUAGCUUUUAGGACGAUGUAAAAUUACCAAAAGUUUGUGCUUUGGUACCUAAUUUAUAUAGAAAAGUGCAUAUAUUUUCACUAUUUUUGGUCUCUAGUUACUAUAGUGCCCAAUAGCGGGAAGAACAAGAGCAUUGUCCCCCAAAACCCUGCCUGCUCAUGGUCUGUACCCUAAGCACUCUGGCUCACCAAUGCAACAUUCACUGUCUCCGCUUCUUCGCACUCUCUCACUUCCCCUUGUCCUAUUCUGUAAGGAUGGGGAGGAACCCUCCAAUGUGAAUAAUGUGAUCAAGACUUUAGGAAAAAACCCACUUCUUAUUCCAUGUGGACCAAUAACCUUUCUGUAUCCUAACAUUGAAAUAUUUGGUCUCCCGUCACUUAAGGUUAAUGAUUAUAAACUACAUCUUAAAGAUGGGAGAUAUCCUUGUACUGUAUUUUAUUACUUUUUGUUGUUGAUGCUUAUUGUUUUGCUUGAAAUAGGCCUUUGUUCACUUGAUGGGACAUAUUAAUAUAGCAUUAACAUGUCAGCAAAUACAUGGCAAUCCUAUGCAUUUGCUGUCACACGUAUGCUUCAUGGACACUGUUCAACGAACUGUAAGAGUAGUCAGAAUGUUGUUACAAGCGUAAGGAAUGUUCUUUCAGCAAAUCAAUGUUCCACACCUAAAGUCUUUGUUGUGUGAUGUUUGCUUCUCUUGAAGGGGCGUCACUAGCAGGGUGUUGGGUGAUUAUUUAGACUCACCAAACCUCCUUAUCAACCUUCCAAAAAUAUGAGGCAGAAACUCCUAUAGAGGUAAGGCUCCUCUGUCUUAACAAUAUCCCUUACAAAAGAUGAAUAUGGUAAAAGCAUAGCAAAGUGUAGUAAAGCCUAGUAAAUGCACUGUGAGAGCAUGGUAAAGCAUAAGUAAGCAACUGAAAUUACAGAGCAGCAUGGUACAGUAUAAACCAUGGUAAAGUCAAGUAAAUGCAUAGUAUACUGUAAGCAUGGAGAAAGCAUGGGGACCUUUAAAAUUGCUGUGCAAAUUCACCAUGGCAAAUACAAUAAAGACAUGGACCCACACCUGUCAAGUGUACAGUUAGCCAUGUACAAAUGUAUACAUACGUGGUGAUGUUGUACUAUUCCACCUUCCCAAAGCACAGAGAAUUGAGGGUUUAAAUGUUUUCUAGCCUGGACCUGCUGCAGAUACUCCUACAGUGGUCAUAAAUAAUGUACAAUAGAUUGUUCCAUGAGUGUCUGACUGUCUGAUAUUGCCAAAUCUUUCAGCCUCUGGAACUUGACUAGGUUAUUGAGCACACUGGAUGUUAUCAUUCAUGUUUGAAGUUGACUAACCACAAACAAAUACUGUAUACAUACCAGUUACUGCCCUGACUUAAAUUAGCACCAGCUGUGGGACAGGAUUAUGACAACACACUUGGCUACCCCAACUGUAAAUGAUCAGUAGUAGUCCUCUAUAUGUUAGAAACUAGAGCCAGUGCCAUAAAUAAUUUUUGUUAAUUGCAGAAGUGUGGGGGGCCAACAUGGAAUGGAUUAUACUUUUUUUUCAAUAUUAGUCUGUGGUUCAUCUGUUUUUGAAAUAGGCUUGCCUUCUGUUAGCUGUGAAAGUACUUGUAUCUUUAAAUACUGUUUAUGGGGGAAUCAUGAUACAGUAUGAGCUCUUUUGUCUCCCUUGCUGCCAACUAUCUAAUAACUUCUAAGACUAAAAUAUGUAUCAUGAGAGACCUAACCCUGCUUUCAUCUUGUGAAUCACCUACUGUGACAUUGUACCGUACUAUGACUUAAAAAAAAAAAAAAAAAAAAAAAAAAAAAACAUUCUUUGUGUUUCUGAGGUUAUUUGUUGAUUUUGUGUUUUUAUUACUUGCACAAAGCAUUAGUGGUCCUGUGUCUUUGCACAUCUUACUCGAUGGUCUACAACUGGUUGUGAUGCCAGUCCACUUAGUUAAGUUAGCUUAUGAAGCCAAACUAGAUUAAACAUGUUUCUUAACAGGGGAGAGAGGAUAAAGGACAAUACUAUUGUUUUUUUUGUUUUUUUUAAAUAGCAUUUUAAUUUUAUCAUGUUUAGCAUUAGAAAUGAUCCGUUUCUAUAUAAUUUUCAGUUUUCAGAAUGAGUCAGAAUCUAGAAGGUCAAUGACAACACCAGCAUCUGAAAUUUGCACUGCAAUAUAUACAGUUUUUUGUAACUUGUACUCUGCUGGACCGACAAUGCUUUGUGCCAGUCUCUGGAAAUUGGAAAACAAAGGUAAUUUUCAGUGAGAGCAAAGCCAUAGAGAGAAGUUAUACUUUUUUGACCUGUGUCGUAAUUGUUUUAAUUUAUCACAUAUGUCACUAUUGCAGUGUUAUAAGCUUCCUUGAAAAAUUGGCCAAUUCAUUGGUCUAAACAAGAAACAGUACAACUGAAACAAAAUUAUCUCAUUCCUUAAAGAGUUCUGGUAAGAGGAACAGACAAGCAUGUUUUUUUUUUUUCUGACGUUUCUACCAUUUGCUGGGGUUUCCUACUAGCUACCGUAAUGAGCUACGAGAAAACCUAUCAAGAGUACAGAUUUUUUUUUUUUUAAGAGUGGCCAGGUCAAGAGGCAACCAAGUUACAGGAUAUUAAAAACAUUGCAGUCGAUCAGCAAUUGUACUCUCUUUUGUUCAGUUACCCCAUAAGCCUUUCUGAAAGAAGAAUCGCAGUGACCUUAACUUUCACAUUACAGAAACUGUGCGGGGAUGUGCGUACAUUCCGGAUUUUGGUUUUUUUUUACACUUGCAAGGGUUCUGCAAGGUUCAAUGCUUGACAUCUGAGGGAAAGUUUAUAGACCGGGCUAAUUUAUUAUGAUUGCCUAUCAAAGGUUAUGGUACAUUAAUGCCUUGAGGAGACCUGGCAAGGGCAGACGCAGCACAAACUCCAGCCAUAGGAAAUUAAUGUAUACGUAGGGUGGGUUUGUUGCAUUUCUUAGUAUUCUGUGCUAUUUCCCGCAUAAACUAGAGCAAUGGUAGUCAACUCUGGCCCUUGAGAUCUAUUCCAGUCCUGGUCUUUAUCCCAACCAGGUCUUAAAUUAGUUAAUCGCCUCUUAGCAGUGUCAGUUAACUACAUUAGAACCUGUUUGGAGUAAAAACCUGGACUGGAUUGAAUCUUGAGGGCCAGAGUUGAGUACCACAGGACUAGACCCUUGCUGUGUAAUGUGGAAGUUGCUUAAAAUGAUAUACUGUCUCUAUCUAGAUUUUUGGAAUGCUAGUUACUUUAGCGAAAAUGACUAAACAUUUGAAAGUGAGGCCUCCAUACCAAGGGACAGUGGUUUUAAUCAGUUUGAACUGUUUUCGGAGUUGGACGUGGUUUACACAUUGUGUGUUUUAUUAUUUUGGUUGACCAUGUGCACAAUCUUUCGCAGGGGAUCAUCAAAGACAUAACUUAACUCUAUGGCUCUGGAUGUACAUUUUCUUUAAUAAUUACAAGAAUCAUUGCCUGCCACAUGCUUACAGUAAUAUACUGGGAGAGAAGACACAAACUGGGUGGUGUGUUACACUUAGAUUGACAUGAUUCUGUGGAUAAUGAGAAAUAAAAUUGUUAAGCAUAGCUUGAAUUACUCUUACAUGUAAAGGCCCUUUUUAAAAUACA